AUGGCAUUAAUUAAAAGGUUAACACCUAAUUCAUAUCAAUAUCAACCAGUAUAUAAAUCUUAUCACAAAAAUUCACCAAUACUAAGAGUUGCUUUAGUAAGUGAUUUAGACAAAGCUAGUAAAGAAGGUCAAAUGUGGAGGUCUGUUGUUAUAGUAGGAAUUAUUUUCAGACAAGGCAAUUCAUAUGAUUUUCAAGAGCAAGAAGAAUUUAAUAUAAGUUUACCAAUUAAUGAAAAUGGAAGAGGAAUGGAAUUAAGUGAAUUAUUAAGUUUCAAUGGAAGUCUCUAUGGGUUUGAUGAUAGAACUGGUUUAGUUUGUGCCAUUGAUAUUGAAAAGAAAAAAGCAUAUCCUCGACUUAUUUUGAGAGAUGGAGAUUCCUUUUCUGAUAAAGGAAUGAAAAUUGAAUGGGCAACUGUUUAUAAAGACUCAAUGUAUGUAGGAAGUAUUGGAAAAGAAUUUACAACUCCAAGAGGAGAAUAUUUGAAUGAUAAUCCAUUGUAUGUGAAACAAAUAAAUGUUGAUGGAAAAGUUUCUGUACUUAAUUGGAAAAAUAAAUUUAAUGCAAUAAAAAAUGCGGUUGGAAUUUAUGGAGAAGGAUAUAUGAUUCAUGAAGCUGUAGCAUAUUCAGCUAGUGCUAACAAAUGGUAUUUUGCACCUAGGAAAUGUAGUAAUGAGAGAUAUGAUGAUAUUAAAGAUGAAGUUCGUGGAUGUCCUUACAUUAUUUCUACUAAAGACUUUAUUCAUUUUAAUAUAAUAAACGAUCCUCAACAUGAUUUUAAUAAAGGGUUUAGUUCAAUCAAAGUUUUACCUCAUGAUGAGAAUAAAUUAAUAUAUUUAAAGAGUGUAGAAGUUGGUAAAAGAAGUGAAACAUAUAUGGGAAUGAUAAGUACAACAGGAGAAGUAAUAAUGAAAGAAAAGUUAAUAACUAAAAUGAAAAUGGAAGGAAUAGAAUUUAUUCCAAUUUAA